CGCAUAAUGUGUGUUGAAGAAGCACCUUACUGUUUAAGAUGUCUUGGAGCAAAAAAGUAUUUUUCUAUAUCUUAACAGGACUGUUUUUUUUCAGUAUUUGCUUUUUAUAUGUAAAGCCAACCUGGCUGCUGGAAAUUAGUUUUACGAAGAUACGACUUAGAAGCCAUUUUCAAACUCAAAAGAGUAAUAUAUCUUAUACCGCUCUUCAAAGUUCUGAAAAUGUGGAAAUGGAACAUAUAGCUUUGUGCCCAGAAAUCCCCACUAAUUUAGGUCCCAAAGUUGUUGACAUAAGUCAUGAAUCUCUUUCGAAUAUCGCUUUAGAAAAUCCAAAUGUGCAAAUUGGAGGACGAAGUAAACCUCAAACCUGUAUAGCACAGCAGAAAAUCGCCAUAAUUAUUCCUUUUCGUAAUCGUGAACAUCAUCUUCAAAUUUGGCUGCACCACAUGCAUCCAUUUCUACAAAAGCAGCAAGGAGAUUAUGGAAUAUAUGUGAUAGAACAGAUAGAAAAUACAACAUUCAACAAAGCCAAGCUGAUGAAUGUUUGCUUUAAAGAAGCAGCAAAAGACUAUGAUUACAAUUGCUUUAUCUUCAGUGAUGUCGAUAUUAUUCCUAUGGAUGAGAGGAAUCUGUACAGGUGCUCGAAAAACCCCAAACACAUGGCAAAUUCUUUAGACAAGUUCAAUUUUAGAUUACCUUAUGAUACUAUUUUUGGAGGUGUGGUGGCUUUUACAAAAGAGCAGUUCCUCAAAAUAAAUGGAUUUUCAAAUCGUUUUUGGGGAUGGGGAGGAGAAGAUGAUGAACUGUACAACAGAGUGAGGUCAGUAGGAAUGAGGGUUGAACGUCCAGAUCAAGUUAUUGCCAGAUCCAGAAUGAUUUUCCAUAAGAGAGAUGUUGGAAAUGAAGAAACAGGCAAAAGUUUUCACCUGAUACAACAGGCUGCCAGGUACAUGCACCUGGAUGGACUGAGUUCCUUAGACUAUGACACCAUCAGAUACACAAAGCACCAGCUUUAUACUAAAAUCACAGUUGACAUUGGAUCUUCACAAUAAAAUAGACAAUAUUAUUAUCUUAAUUUAUUCACAGUUUGUUUUCCCUUGAUUGAGCAUUUGUGGAAUAGAAAUGUUCAGACAUCAAUGAAUUAUGGGACUGAAUGUUACUGUUACUAUGUGCUAAUGGAUUGGCUGUAAAAGAGGUAAUCUUUGAGAGAGUGGACAGACAAGUGCUUUUAUCAUCUUGUACCACGCAUACUGGUAGCAGAUUGUAGUUUGUUGUGCAACCUGUUUCAAACAUGCAUCUGAAUCAAGUGUAAAGAGACAAAGCAGAAAGACAGCAAGAAAAGAGCACAGUUGUGAGGGAGGGGGGUUUGAGGUGGGGGUAAUAAUAUUUACUUUUACAUAAAAAACAAAAACAUUAUUGUAACAUGUAUGAAAAGCAUUAAUAGUACAGAGUAGUGGAUUAGUGGCCCUACUCAGGUUAGUGUGUGAUCCAACCGCAAAUUUGAGAAAAAGAUGUGGGCGCAUACGCAGUGGCCCAUCCUGUGCAUGCACCUGCAUUUUCUGCAGGGGGGCUGCAGAAAAUGCAAUCACCUCUGCCUGUCAAUCAGGGAGAGA